AUUGAAGCUGAGCAAUGGCGACGAUUGCUGAAGAGGUGAUCGGCCAGCGGCCGAAAGCACGGUCUCUGAAGGGAAUGACUGCCCUUGUCACCGGCGGAACACGAGGCAUAGGGCAGGCCAUUGUAGAGGAGUUAGCCGGCGAUGGGGCCGCAGUCCACACUUGUUCUCGCACCCAAGCGGACCUGGACCGCUGCCUACAACAGUGGCACACCAAAGGCUACAGGGUCACGGGUUCGGUCUGUGACGUCCUGCAUCCAGACCAGCGGCUGAGCCUUAUGGAAUCUGUCUCCUCUCUCUUUGAUGGAAAGCUCAAUAUCCUUGUGAACAAUAGCGGAGCUCUAUUGCAUAAGAAAGCUCCGGAAGUAACUUGUGAGGAGUUUUCAACGAUAAUGGGCACCAAUUUUGAUGCAACAUAUCAUUUGUGUCAACUGUCGUAUCCUCUGUUGAAGGCAUCAACAUUGGGAAGUAUAGUCAAUAUCUCUUCCAUAUCCGGCAUCGUUUCACUGCCUUAUACUUCUGUCUACGGUGCAUCUAAAGCUGCAAUGAAUCAGCUGACAAGAAGCUUGGCUUGCGAGUGGGCGAAAGAUAAUAUCCGCGUGAAUGCUGUUGCUGCAGGCCUCAUUAUGACCAAAAUGUUGUCGUCCGCAAUGGUACGACCACAUAGCUAUUCCUUCCUUCUCAGUUGUCCUGUUCCACGUGUUUCUUUCUCUAAAAUUGGAGAGGCAAGCGAGAUAUCAUCAUGGGUCGCAUUCCUUUGCUCCCCGGCUGCUUCCUACACCACUGGUCAAGUUAUUGCUGUCGACGGUGGCCUUACUAUCAAUGGUUUCAACUAG